AUGGAAGAACUUUCCACGGCAAAUACCAUGUUUGCCCUCAGUACCCUCAAGUUCAUAGAAAAAACAAACUCUGCCCAGAACAUCUUUUUCUCUCCGUGGAGCAUCUCAUCCACCUUGGCCCUAGUUUUCCUCGGUGCCAGGGGUGACACUGAACAGCAGAUGGCUAAUGUGCUGCACUUUAACAAAGUUGGUGGCUAUGACAUCACCACGGGAACCCCAGAGAAUGUCAAUGGCUGUGAUUUCACGCAGCAGAUACAGAGGAAAAAUUAUCCUGAUGCUAUUUUACAGAUACAAGCAAGAGAUAAAAUUCAUUCAUCUUUCAACUCUCUCAGCUCUGCAAUCAACACAUGCUCAGGAGAUUAUUUAUUGGAAAGUGCCAAUAAGCUGUUUGGAGAGAAGUCUGGUAGAUUCGAGGAAGAAUACAUACAACUCAGUGAGAGAUACUACUCUGCAGAGCCAGAGGCAGUCGACUUCCGGAAAUGUGCCGAGGAGGCUAGAAUGAAAAUCAAUUCCUGGGUCAAGACUCAAACCAAAGGUGAAAUUCCAAACCUGCUACCCGAAGGCUCUGUGGAUGAAGACACCAUGAUGGUACUGGUGAACGCUGUCUACUUCAAAGGAAAGUGGAAAAUUCCAUUUCAGAAGAAACUCAACAAGCUUUAUCCUUUCCGUGUGAACUUGCAUGACAGCAUACCUGUUCAGAUGAUGUACCUACGUGAAAAGCUGAACAUUGGAUACAUAAAGGACCUAAAGACUCAGGUCCUAGAGCUUCCUUAUGUUGGAGAUAUCAGUAUGUUCCUGCUGCUUCCUGAUGAGAUUGAUGAUGCGUCCACUGGCUUGGAGUUGCUGGAAAGUGAAAUAAACUUUGAUAAAUUCAACAAGUGGAUCAGUAAAGACACAAUGGCUGAAGAUGACGUUGAGGUCUACAUUCCUCAGUUCAAACUAGAACAACAUUAUGAACUCAAAUCCAUUCUGAGAAGCAUGGGCAUGGAGGAUGCCUUCAAUAAGAACAAAGCCAACUUCUCAGGAAUGUCCCAGAGGAAUGACCUUUUUCUUUCUGAGGUGUUCCAUCAAGCCACAGUGGACGUCAAUGAGGAGGGCACUGUAGCUACUGGUGGCACUGGGGCAGUUAUGACAGGGAGAACUGGUCACGGAGGCCCACAGUUUGUGGCAGAUCAUCCCUUUAUUUUCUUUAUCAUUCACAAAAGUACCAAUGUGAUUUUAUUUUGUGGUAGAUUCUCCUCACCUUAA